AUGUCUUUGCUUGUCAUGGCUUGGAUCACCAACAAGGACUACAAUGUGUUUGUCGUAGCUAUUUGUGGUAAUAACGUCUGCCGUCUGGUUUUCGUUUAUCGUACCAAUAAUCAUUCACGUCAUGGACGACGACGUGGAGAUUGGCAUGCACGUCAGCGCCUUGAACUUGACCAACUGCUUUGGCCAAUUGCUGAGUUGAACAAUUUGUACAACACAUCACUGGAUAAACAGCUAGAAACGCAUUGCUGGCACAAACAGAGAGGCAGAAGCUUACGUUGGCAUCGCUCGUUUGGUGACAGCAUACAAAAGCGUAUCUAUCCCGGGUUCAAGCUCACCCAGCAAUGA